UCCACAAUUGUUGAACUGUUUUUUUAAAUUUGCUCUUACUCGGUCUCGUACUUUCGUACAAGCUUUAUUUUUGUACGAAGCCUUAUCCUCCAGGAACCCGGUUUUUUUCAACCCGAAACCUUUCAUGGAAUUUUUAAUCUUCCAAUUUCUUUAUAUCCCUCUUAAUAUACAUAAAAUCCUAUCCUGCGCCGUAGGCGAAAAUGUUGGAAAAUUCAUGACUAAAUUAAAAUUUACCGUCUUUUUAGAGUAUACCGUAACGGUUAAUUUUCGCUUUGUCUCUAUGCACUUUCAUGCUUUGUUUUGUCCAUUUGUAUUUUCACGUUGA